UCUAAACCCUAGCUUGCUCUCAGCAAAGCGAAAGCCUCAGCCAUAGACGACUGCCUGCGCAGCUCAUUUCUGAUUCAAUGGGGGCUUACAAGUACGUUUCGGAGCUAUGGAGGAAGAAGCAAUCCGAUGUGAUGAGGUUCUUGCAGAGGGUUAGGUGCUGGGAGUACCGCCAGCAUCCUUCCAUCGUCCGAGUCACCAGGCCUACUCGCCCAGACAGAGCUCGCCGUUUGGGUUACAAGGCCAAGCAGGGCUAUGUGAUUUACCGUGUUCGUGUGAGGCGUGGUGGUAGGAAGAGGCCAGUUCCCAAGGGUAUUGUGUACGGGAAGCCCACAAACCAGGGUGUUACCCAACUGAAAUUCCAGCGCAGCAAGAGGUCUGUUGCAGAGGAGCGUGCCGGUCGUAAGUUGGGAGGUCUCAGGGUUCUCAACUCAUACUGGACCAACGAGGAUUCGACUUACAAGUACUUUGAGGUCAUUCUCGUCGAUGUUGCCCACAAUGCCAUUCGAAAUGACCCGAGAAUCAACUGGCUCUCCAAGCCUGUUCACAAGCACAGGGAGCUUCGUGGACUUACUUCUGCUGGCAAGAAAUACAGGGGUCUGCGUGGAAAGGGACAUACUCACCACAAGGCAAGGCCUUCCCGCAGGGCUACCUGGAAGAGAAACAACACACUCUCCCUUCGUCGUUAUCGUUGAUUUUACUGGUUCUGCCUUGUUAUCUUUUUUGGUUGUUUUCUGGAUAUUAUCUCGAGAACAUUUUAGUUAUUUCGCUUUUGCAAUUUUGGAGAUUGAUAUACUGAGAUCAUGUUUAAUUUGAAUGAUUUACUAUCAAAUUUGCUA